AACUGGGAUAUGUCCAGCCAGAAUCUGAAGAGAUAGAGAAUCUCGGAGUGGACGAACCAUGUCAGGGACAACAACACCAUCUCUAGCUCUUUCAAAUUUCAGACCAAGAUUUCAAAAUCCAGUUAAAACCCACCAUUUAAAUCCACUCUCUUGGUCUGUUUCAAGAAGAAAGAUCUUGCCUUCUAAGGUUCUUCGUCUUCACCAGGAAAAGAAAACACAACUAUGGAGAGUCUCUGCAACUCCAGAGGAAAUAUCUAAAGAGAUCGUUUCUUCUGAUUCUUCUUCUUCUGAAGCAAUUGUUUCAAGUGGUGAUCCAGAUGGUGUUGCUUUGAUUAUACAAGUACUUCUCUUUGUUGCAUUUCUUGUUCUCACUGUUCUCACCAUUGGUGUUGUGUACAUUGGGGUGACUGAGUUUCUUGGGAAGAAGGAGAGCGAGAAGUUUGAGAAAGAGGAGGCAGCAAAGAGGUCUAAGAAAGGUGGGAAGAAGAAGGCUAUGAGAGCCAGAGCUGGACCAAGAGGUUUUGGUCAGAAGAUUGAAGAUGAUGACAUUGACAUUGACAUUGAUCUUUAAUGAUUUUGUUCCAUUGCUAUUAGAGAGACCAAUAUUGAUUUUGUUUGUGAGGUUGCUCUGUGAUUGUCG